AUUUCUGAAUCACUUGAUCGCUCCUCUUUCCGCGUCGAAUGCUUCCAGUUGUUGGAUCUUGUUGUAGGUUUUUUUUUGUGGAUUUUGUUGGCUAGGGCGAAGAGUGUUGCGGUGGACUGCAAACCUAGCAAGAGAAACGGUGGUUGUUUUUUCGCUGCUUCAUCUCUACGCUUGGGCUCUGUUUUGGUUGAUUGUUGGUGUAAAUGUCGACCAAAGCCCUCAGGGAUCAUAAUAUAAAUGUAGUUUUGGGAUCGGAUAAGAAAGUUGAUGGCAAAGGAAAUUUAACAAAGCCAUUUACUGAAAAGAUCACUGAGAAUGGAUCUGAGUUACAGAAGAAAACUCCUCACCUAUUUUCUACUCCAUCAUUUAAUGGCGAUGUUGUGGGGUCUAAUGGAUCAGAGACAGGAAAUUCAGAAGUAGAGUACAUAGAAUCUGAAAAUCUGGUUGAUUUACCAGACUUGGAUCUUUGCUUUAGUACACUUUUAGCUAGGUUAGACUCGAAGGAUUGGAUUUCAGUAUGUGAAGCCCUUAAUAAUGUGCGCCAAUUGUCAAUUUAUCAUGGGGAAAAACUGCUUGAAAUCUUAGGAUCUGUGAUUCCAUUGAUUGUGAAGUCACUGAAAAGUCCAAGAAGUGCUGUCUGCAAAACCGCAAUUAUGGCAUCGGCUGACAUAUUUAGGUGUUACAAUGAUAAAGUUGUUGACUCAGUAGAUCCCCUGCUUGUCCAAUUGUUACUAAAAUCCUCGCAAGACAAGCGCUUUGUAUGUGAAGCUGCUGUGGCAGCUCUAAUAGCAAUGACCAUUUCAGUUUCUCCAACACUUUUGUUGCCAAAGUUGCUUCCUUAUCUUAGCAACAAAAAUCCUCGAAUUCGAGCAAAAGCAUCUAUGUGUUUCAGAAGGAGUGUAUCUCGACUUGGAAUGGAAGGGAUCAAAGCUUACGGAAUCGACAAGCUCAUUGAAAUUGCAGCAUCCCAGCUCAGUGACCAGCUUCCUGAAUCAAGAGAAGCCGCUCGGACACUUGCAGUUGAACUACAAGCCAUUUAUGUCAAUUCUCAGACCUCCCUGAACGAAGGCUGUGCCGAGCUGGCGGAUGCUGAGUCCUGGGAGACCUUCUGCCAUGCAAAGCUCACGCCUUUAAGUGCUCAGGCAAUUCUUCGUGUUACCUCAUCCAAUCAAAAAGAGGCUCCGGUGUUGGGUUGUUAGCCCCUGAUGGCUAGGCUACUACAUUUUGUGGUCAAACUCAGUGAUUCCACUACUUGUUAUCAUCUUCAUCAGCGAGUCAAAUUUCCUCCAGCUAUUUGUAGUCAACUACGCAAAUCUAAAUUCUCUACUUGAACUCUGCAGUAUGGUUCUACUAGUUAUGCAUUUGAUAUUUUUGUACAUGCUAUAUGACCAUAGGAAAUAUGUGAUCGAAGCAUUUGUGGAAGUGAUCUAAUGCAUUUGUUAAAAGCAUCUAUUCUUUCC